UUCGAGAGCAAUUACCGUGUGCUCUGCCGUUCGCAAAUGUUCGUCGAGAAUUUUAAUCGCAUAGCCGAAUAUAUGACGCGAGUACAUCGUGAACAGUUCCUCGAUUUACGCAAUAAAAUUGUCACUGAGCUACAGAAGGUCGGCCGCGAGAAGAGUGUCAUCGCUGCUGAUUCGCCACGCAUCGGAAAGAAGGUGAAAAUCAGUGAGAUCUUCCUUGAAAAAUUCAGCAAUCAAACUUACGAAUGGUUUAAACGACGCCAACAAUCCACACACGCCGCCUCAUUGGGCGCCCGCAGCAGUGCCACACAAAUUGGGCACAUGUUUCGUGCGGCGGGGAAAUUCUUACGCAAAGUGAUUAUGAAAAAGGGGAGAUGAGUUUGUUAUUACACGUUUAACUUCUUUUAUAAAGAAAUGAUUAUUACUUAAUUAAAAUUAAAUUAAAACAGA